CGACAAAACCGGACAACAGGAGAUCCCAUCGCAUCUCUUCUUCUCCUCCUCAUCAUCGUCCAAAGACACGACCGAGAGCGUGCACCUCCAGCACCCAACCCAUCCAACCCCCUCCCACAAUGACGCGCUCAGGCUCGGCCUUCACCUCGCUGCACGGCAGCGACCCGUCGCCAGACUUCUCGCCCGAGGCGCUCAACAAGAUCCUCGACCCGGACAACCGCGACACGCGCAAAAACUUCAAGCAGUUCAUGAGCGACAACCACGACCUCUUUGUGCCCCGCUUCGACAUUACCCUCAAGGAGGAGCGCGACCGCGCCUUCCAGCGCCUGCGCGCCAUCGGCCAGCAGGGCUUCAUCAGCGUGCUCGACUUUGAGACCAACCCGCUCAACAUCUUCGCCGCACACGAGUGCAUCGGCCUCGCCGACUCGGGGUCCGCCACCAAGAUGACGGUCCACUUCAACCUCUUUGGCGGUACCCUCAUCAAGCUUGGCACUGAGCGCCAUCGCCACCUCGUGCCCGCGAUCGACCGUCUCGACGCUACCGGCUGCUUCGGCCUCACGGAGCUUGGCUACGGCAACAACGCCAUCGAGAUGGAGACGACCGCGACGUACGACCCCGCCACGUCCGAAUUCAUCAUCAACUCGCCCUCGCCCAAGUCGCAGAAGUACUGGAUCUCCAACGGCGCCGUCCACGCCAGCUACUGCAUCGUCUUUGCCCAGCUCCGCAUCGGUGGCAAGGAGGAGGGCGUUCACGCCUUCCUUGUGCCGAUCCGCGACCCCAAGUCGCUCAAGGUUCUCCCCGGCGUGACGAUCCGGGACAUGGGCCGCAAGCAGGAGCUCGACGGCGUCGACAAUGCGCUCCUCGCGUUUGACAAUGUCCGCAUCCCCCGCGAGGGCCUGCUCAACCGCCACUCCGAGGUCGAUGCCAACGGCGCGUUCAGCUCCAAGAUUGCCUCGCGCCGCGGCCGCUUCAUCCGUGUUGCCGACCAGCUCCUUUCCGGCCGUCUGUGUAUCGCGGCCAUGACGCUCGCGUCGGCCAAGCUUGCGUUGACGAUUGCUGUCCGCUACGCCGCCACCCGUAUGGCUGUUGGCCCCAACGGCCGCUCGGACGCCCCAAUCCUCUCGUACCAGCUCCAGCAGCGCGCCAUCAUCCCCCUCCUCGCCCGCACGUACGCCCUUGCGCUCGGCAUGAACCGCGUCAAGGCCAUCUGGGCCAACCCCGCCGCGGACCCUGCCGACGUCGUGCGCGAGGUGUGCGUCAUCAAGCCCCUCGUCACCUGGCACGUCGAGCGCACCGGCUCGAUCUGCCGUGAGCGCUGCGGUGGCCAGGGCUACCUAAAGGCGUCGCGUCUGUCGAGCACGAUCGGCUUUGCCCACGCCGGCAUCACGGCCGAGGGCGACAACUCGGUCCUCAUGCAGAAGGUUGCCAAGGAGCUGCUCGCGGGCAUCCAGGAGCGCAAGGUGAUCCUUCCCCGCGGCGCGGCGGCCACCGAGUCGUCCGACCUCGAGGACCCCCACGUCCUCCGUGACAUUAUCCGUGCGUGGUCGGCCAAGACGGCCAAGGACCUGGCCGCCAACCUCGCCGCCAAGGUGGGCAAGGGCAAGCGCGAGCUGUUUGACGUGUGGAUGCACGACGAGAGCGAGACGAUCCAGCGCGUGUCGCGCGCGUACGGCGAGCGCCUGUGCAUGGACGAGCUCGUUGGCCAGAUUGUCAAGACCAACGACCCUGCCACGCGCCAGAUCCUCACCAAAAUCGCCCGCGUGCACGGCCUCGCUGUUAUUGAGCGCGAGCUCGGCUGGCUCGUGACCAACGGCCUCAUCCCGCCCAAGCUCGGUGCGACGGUCGAGGGCCGCCUGUCCGCCGACGUGGCCAUCCUUGCGCCCGACGCCAUCCCCCUCGUCGACGGCUUCGGCAUCCCCGAGGGCCUGCUGUACGCGCCCAUUGCGAUCGACUGGGAGCGCUACAACGAGUACGACAACCACGGCGAGCUGGUGUCGGCGAAGCUUUAAAUGGUGGAGUAGUCUGGGUAGUUUGUAUGCACAGUAUUGAUACGG